AUGUCUUUGGCCGUCGUUGAAAAACCUCUUGGUAGUAAGAAUGUCGAUGGCGUGUGGUUUCUUUUGGGUCACAAUAGCGAUGUGUUGAGCAUUGCAACUGAUGGUAGUGAUGUUUUUGCUACCUGUGAUGCAGGGGGUGUUGGACUUUUGUGGAAGCAUAAUAGCUCCAGUUAUAAUGAAAGUCCUUUGCAUGUCUGUGGGAUCAGAACUGGCGGUCCUGCCAUCCUUGAUUCAUGCUUUUUAAAUCAUACGCGUUUAUGCACUGCUCAGGGUGAUGGAAACGUUGGUGUAUGGAAUGUUGAAACUGCGCAGUGUGUACAUUCUAUCUGUCGUACAUCAGGUAGAGGGAGAUCAAGUGAUUGGUCUGUAAUAAACGCACUAACUGUUUUAGAUGGUAAACUUCUUGCUUACGGUGGUGAUGAUGGAUUUUUAGUUUUAUGUGACCCUCUACAAAAUAAGAUUCUCUCAACCGUAAAUAUGCGUGUACCAAUUACGUCAGUUGUCGCUUCUUCUGAUUCAUUGUUCAUUGGUGACGUUCUUGGAGGUAUUCGCUGUUUUGAUAUUCGUAUGCUCAGAAAUUUAUACACCUUGAGAAAUCACCGCGAUGUCGUGAGUAGUUUGGUUCUUAAUGAUGACGCCACAAUGUUGGUAUCAUACGGCAUGGACAACCUAUUGACAUUAUGGGAUGUAGCACCGUUUGCGCUUAGUGCGAAUGAUCGCUUGCUUCAUCGGACUAAUAUACACCAAGGUGACUCACGCAAAUUAUUGCGUUGUAACUGGUCAAAAAAAGGAACUAUAUUGGUUCCUGCUGGAGAUGGGCAAGUUUUCCGUGUCAAUGCCUCGAUGUUCGAAGGAGUUAAAAUGACGCUCCCUGUCAGCCAUCGGGAGGGGCCUGCACAGUGUUCUGUUUUUUUGGGCGAUGAAGUCGCUGUAAGUUGUUCUGGAUCUGAGGUAAUACUACAGCCCGCGUAA